GAGCGGACUGAAAAACCCCACAUUUGAGAACAAGCAGAACAAAUUAUAUUUCAGUUCUUUUUAAUGUAAUGAAUGUGAAAAAUGUCCGUUGAAUAAAAUCAUGUUUCUCCUGCAGGCGUUUUUUCAGACACGUUUUUAUUUUUAUUUAUUUUUUUCAUGACAUGCGCAGAUCCAAACAGACGAGCCUUCACAAACACGUUUUCAUUAAUUUGGUAAUAAUAAUCAAUAAUUAUUAUUGAUAAUAAAUAAUAUUUGUAUUAUUACUUCAGUUCAGUGGUUUGAAUCAGGAGAAUGUGUCACGCGUGAAAGUUUCACACAUUCCCACAGACCGGUGCAGAGUCAGAGGUUUUGUAGAGGUUGUUUGAAGGUUACGUGAAGCCGCCGUGUGACCCGCGCUGACUCGGCUCUUUGACUCUGUUUUUCUGGUUUUCUGGAGGUUGUUUGAAGGUUACGUGAAGGUUCGUGUGACCCGUGCUGACUCGGCUCUCCGCUCUGUUGUUGCUCAAACAGAAAAAACUGGUUUGUAUAUUUUUGUUUCCAGUGAAACCAAACACACAUCUCCCAUCGCACACAGCUCCCACGCUGAUCGAUAUCUGUGAUCGAUCCGGGACACAGCUUUUACACUCAGAGCUGAUUUUUCAGAUCGAAUUCAAAUGAUGGAGCUGAUGCAGGAUAAAUAGUGUGGUUCAGAGACCGCUGAGGGCCACGGCCUGGACUAGACUUUAUCUGGCUUCACAGCCUGACUCCCAGCCGACUGUCCACGCUCCGUGUCAUGAUCCUGGACGUGGACAAGGGACACGAAGCAGUUUGACCCGUUCCAGGAGUGGACAGACGGUUACGUUCGGUACAUUUACAGCGCUGAAGAUAAGAAUGCUCAGAGACAUCUGUCUGGCUGGGCAAUGAGAAACACCAACAACCACAACUGUCAGAUCUUGAAGAAAUCGUGUUUAGGUGUGGUGGUUUGUUCUCGAGGCUGCACACUGUCUGAUGGAUCCAGACUUCAGCUUCGACCUGCCAUCUGUGACAAAGCCCGGCAGAAGCAGCAGAAGAAGCUUUGUCCCAAUUGUAAUGCUGCUCUGGAGCUGCUCCCAUGUCGUGGUCACAGUGGUUACCCUGUCACCAACUUCUGGAGAGUUGAUGGAAAGGCCAUCUUCUUCCAGGCAAAAGGCGUUCAUGAUCAUCCCAGACCAGAGUCCAAAUCAGAGACUGAAGCCAGAAGGAGUUCAGUAAAGAGACGAGUCAACUCACCUCCAUUCACACCAAAGAGACGACUCAUUGAAACACAGGCUCUUGGCCCUGCGCUCCUCUCCUGCGUUGAACCAACGGAUAGGAUUUCCUUCAUUGAACCAAACUUCCCUCAGCACUACCCAGCAUUCCAAAGCCCAGAAACCUACUACAACCCCCACAAUGCACUGGGAGAGAGCACACCAACACUUCAGAAACCAGCCAAUCCCAGGCUUUAUAUGAGCAGGCCCGGAUAUGACUUCCAAGGAUACCUGACCUCACCUUCAUAUCCUGUGACCUCUGACCUUUGCGACCCUAGAGUGGCCCCGGUCCUGGGUUCCUCGUCGUCCUCGUCUCCAUCGUCAGCUCCUCUCUCCUCCUCCUCUACCUCCUUUGACCCCCAGACAAAGACCCCUUCUGGAUGGAAAGAACUGCUGAAGAACUCUGCCCCCUACAGUGACAACCACCAUUACUACAGCACAGAGUACCCUUGCCGUUAUGCCAGCAACAACCCGGGUUCACCAGCAGCACUGCAGACCAUCAUCACAACGACAACCAAGGUCUCCUAUCAACCGUGUCCGAAGCCUCCUGCUGCCCUCCCUCCUUACCAGUCGUGUGCCAAACCCUCUGUCGGCCUGCCCUCUUACCAGCCCUGCACUCCCUCCAAACCUGCUGGCCUUCCUGGCUGCUCCUCCUUACUAGACGACCCCUCCUCAUCCUCAUACUCCACCGAGGUGAAGGUGACAGAGGAUUCGGGUGGAGUCAUCAAGUCUCUAUCUUUCCAGCCUGAGCCUCUUCAGACCAAAACCGAACGGGCUGACGGCUACGACUACCGCUACUCGUACCCCAACACGUACCGCUAUGACGACUACUGAGGGAGCAAUACAUCCAUCACUGUUACCACUGCCGCAAACUUCCUAUGGCUGCUAGUAUCACUGGACCAUUCAGGUACCAAGAGGAUCAGUCUGAAUCCAGGUUUUGGUCCCUGAGAGACUUUCUGGAAAAAUUCACUUAUCAAACGAUGAUCUUUUUCACGUCGGACGUCAGAGAAUCACCUCUGGAGACGUUCAGGGGAGGAACUCAGGCAAAUGGGAAUAUUUGCAACCAGUAUCCUGUUACUGGGCUGGUGUUUCUGGAGCUCACCCUCUAGGUGCUUCUCACAAAAGAAAAACAGCAUAAAUCAUUAAAAUACUGUGUAUAUUAUUUAUUAUCUUUCAACUUUCUGAUAUUUCCUGAAACAGGCUGACACGCUGAUUCGUGGUAAUCUCCAAAAUCUAGUCAAGACACAACAAACUGUACAGCAUAUUUGAGCAGAAGGUUUUAUGUUUUCACCACAAAACACAAAUUUGUAUUUCGAUGGAUAGUCUUCAUAUCAACUUUGGCCAAAGUUUCAAAUAACAGAGCCUAACAGUCUAAAGCUAAGCUCACUGCUCUGAACACUUGGUUUCCUGCUGGGUUUUUUACACUCUGUAUCUGUAAUUAUCAUUAAAUAUCAUAUGACAUCACAUUGAUGUCACAGAGAUAGUCAUAGAUUGUAUAACCUAUAUAGAUCCCAUCUCAUCUACGUAAGAUAUAGAGUCACAGAAUUAAACUGGCAGUGAGCACAGGAAGUCAUCAUGUCAGAAUGAGAACAUUUGGCUCCAUCAGCAGACUGAGAUUCAUUACUGAAUAACCAGCGCACACGUCGCACUGUUUGUUGGACUGGAUUUCCUUUAUUUCAAAACCCAUUUAAUCAUGUUUCAUAUUUUUAAGAACAUUUUAUUAGUUUCACUGGAACAAAUUUCUGUGAGCAUCUGAAAACAGAGGGCUGCAACAAAGGGGCGAUGUCAAAGAUCAAAACUGAACUAUAAGUGUCUCUGUGUGCCGAGGAAGACCCUGAGAUGUGACUGAAAGCUGGAUCCAAACAUAUAUAUAUCCAUAAAUAAAGUAGAACUAAAACGUCUGAAAAGACUUUCACGUGAGAGACUUUUAAACACUCUGCAAUCAGAAAUCAUAAUGACCUGUAUGCACUUGGAGUAUUUAUUCUAUCUGUUAAAGCCACUGCCUUUUCCUGAACCUGGAAGAACAAACAACGUUUGACUGAGGAGAUCUGAACCUGUUGAAGUGACACAUUAAAGCAGCUGAUCUUCACACUCUGCUGUUUCUCGAUUCUUUCUGAAAUCAAACCCACACUCAUGUCUUUAACAGUAUGAAACAAACUGGUGGAAUGGCCCUUUAAGAUCUGACAGGGGUUAAAUGAGCAGGCUCUCAAUCAGCAACACACAAUAUCGACUAUAGGUACACAUCAUCAGUUAUAAUUUUAUCAUUAUGAUAAAAACAGAUAAAAAUGGUUCCUGUAGCUUUAGUGUGAGACUGUGCUAACUAUAAAAUGAAACAGAUUGUGAAUUUAAUGAAGCAACGAGCUGAUUCGGGGCAGAGUGAAUCAGCUGUGGUGUUGCAGGGACUUUACAGGGCAGCAGAAACCCUCAGAAGGACUGUUGUGCAGAAUUAAAACCGUAUAAAUAAAACUGUGUUUUCAAAUGGAUGCUGAGAAAGUGUAAAGCAGUGAGUGGACAACAGACCAAACGUGAGUAACCUUCAUCAACAACAGACAAAAUAACCCAGACAAGGAUACUGUUGACUGACAUGAGUGUGUAGUUAAUACGUUGAAUGGUUACCUAGGCAACCAGGGGUCUACCUGUACCAGAGUCGGUUCAAGGUUACACAGUUUUGUCACAAUGACCUUGGAAAGGAGACAACACCAUGAAGUUAUCAGCGUCUGUCACACAGCAACUCACACCUGGCUCGUCCUCAGUACAGUUCACGCUAAUUCAGGCACGCAGAUGUUUUCAGGAAUAUUAAUAUUGAAUGUUAGUGGGACUUUCUUUCUUUGAGUUUGCUGAUCUCAGAGCUUAUUUAGAGAAAAGUUUAACAGGAUGACGAAUUAACAUCUAAAACUGCCACAGGUGUUUCCGAGUCACAGGUAAGCCUAGUGCACAGGUGAAGGCGGCCUUUAGUGAGUCCAGCUUCAUUCAGCAACAUGGAUGUGAAGUCAUCACUGAGACCACUGUCAGAAGGACCCCUUGUGGGCUCCGAGCCUCAUAGUGAGCACCCUGCAGCACAGGAUCAAAGCGCUGCUGUUUGGACAUCUGCGGGUUUCGGUCUGAGUAAUAAAUGUUGUUUUGACAAGAGCAUGUCGGGACAGGACUCACUGAGCUGUCCUCAGGGUGAACCUUUAUGUCCUCGCAGACGCUCUUCGACCGCCUCAUCUUCCUCUCUUUCACUACGAUCCAUUACGAUCGCUCACUCGUUACCUGCCUUCAGUGUACGCUAACAUCCAUCAGUGGAUGAUUAUGUUCAGAGGCUGGCAGGCGGCGGAGCCACCCAGUCUGAUCCUCACACACACACACACUCACAGUAAAGUGUGCGUGUUAGUCCCCAUAGGGAAAUAGUUCC